AUGUUGAAGGAUACCCUUGAAACUAUUCACAGCGUUAUACAAGCGCACCCAUUUUGGUCAUUGUUUGUCAUACUUGCCAUACUCUGUUUUUAUAAUUUGAUCUAUUUACCUAUUACAUCUCCAUUUUGGAAACUCCCUGGACUGUACAUAUAUCGAGUGUCAUAUAUUGGAGCAUUGAACCGCCAAAGAGAAGGUACAUGGAUACAAACAGUGUACAAAUUACACCAGAAAUAUGGCCCAGUUGUUGUUCUAUCACCAAACGAAAUCAGUGUUUAUGGGCCUCAGUACGUUAAUGACAUUUACGUCAAAAACUUUCCGAAAUCAUCAUUUUAUGCAAAUUUCACAAACCACGGCCAUGAUAACAUCUUUGCAUCAUUGAACAAUGAGGAACACCUAAAGUAUAAAAAGAUUAUAAUGAGACUUUACAACAAGGGAAAUGUCAUGUCCCCAGAGAACAACACAAGGAAAGUAAUGAUUGACUCUACAAGAAAGUUGUUGAGUUACGUAUACAAAAGCUCCAUUACCGGAAAACAGCCCGAUCUAGCCAACGUGAGCCCAAAAUUGAAUCCUCACGCUAAAGGGCAUCGCGAACAAUGGUUCAACAAGUCAAAAAGAACAAAGAAUCUAGGUAUUGAAGUCUUUUCAUUAUUUGGAGCAUUUGCGAUGGAUGUGAUUUCUAAAUUUGAAUUGGGACAAACAAAUGGGCUGGAUUUGUUAGAUAGUCCUUCGGAUCGUGAAAUAAUUUUGAAACAUCGUCAAGUAUCAAGUAUGUUGUUUUGGACUACAUUAAUGCCAGCACUCUGGGAUGUGGCUGCCACUAAAACGAUUAUGAAAUGUGCUAAUGAUGUAUCUCAAUUCCGAAUGUCUUUAUACAAUUUCGCUGAAAAGCACUUGAGCAGGAAUGGGAAAAACUUGACUACGUUGGAAGCAUUGAAACAAAAUGGAUUGAAAGGAGCCAGAGCUUAUUCUUUUUUAUCAGAUAAUCUAUUUGCUGGUCAUGAAACAACGGCAGUUCAAUUAUGCUAUUUGAUUUAUGAGUUAUCCCGACCAGGUAACACAUCUUUGGUGAAGAGAUUGCAAAGCGAAUUGUAUGAAGCAUUUGGGAAACCUACUUCUUAUGAAGAAGUUAUUGAAGACUUGGAUCAAGUAGAUAAGCUUCCGUUUUUGGACGCUCUAUUGUUGGAAAACUCAAGGGUACACUCUUCAAUCCCAGGGGCAGAGCCAAGAGUAGUGGACCGAGAAUACUCUGUUGGUGGUGUUCAUAUCCCCAAAGGUACAACUAUCUCGUGCUUGCCAUAUGCAUUGCAUCGUGACCCGGUAGUGUUUCCCAAACAUGAUUAUUUCAUUCCCGAUAGAUGGUUAAAGUAUCCAGAUGAAUCACAAGAGGAGUUUCAACAAAGAACCAAGACACAAAACAAAUAUAUGAUGCAUUUUGGGAAAGGAAUACGUAUGUGUCUUGGAAUGCACUUGGCGUGGAUUGAGAUGAAGCUACUUGUAGCUAAUUUGUAUUGGCAUUUCCAUUCUUCAUUGGAUGAAGACUGGUGUGAGAUCAAGAAUGAUUUAGAGCCAAUACUACUAGGCGUGAGUAAUUCUGGAAAAACCAGCAAUGAUCAAGAAAUGAUGUGUAUGAGUGAUGCUUAUACCACCACUGGCCCCGUCAAUGAAGAAUGUUGGAUAAGAUGGCUGGAGAAUGAGGUUAGUGAGCUACCAUGUACUUCAUAG